AUGGAUUCUCUAAGCGAUAAUUUUUUGUUCAGGAGGCUCCAGAGCCCGUUUUCCUGCCUUAUUAUAAACUUGGCCAUCGGAGAUCUUGGAACUUCAUGCCUGCAUAUUAUGGUCGUCGUUUCAUCGUUCAAAGGAAAAUGGGCCUUUGGCUCAACAGGGUGUGUUUUCUACGCAUUUGGCGUCGGUUUCUUCGGCAUGAUGUCCAUUUUCACCCUGGCGGCGAUUUCCGUCGAGCGGUACCUCGUCAUCACUUCCAGGCCUUUGUCCAGCUGGAAAUUGACAAGACGUGGAGCUAGAAAAAUUUGUUUUUUUUCUUGGAUUUACUGUACCAGCCUGGUGACCCCACCGUUAUUUGGAUGGUCUCGUUACACCCUUGAAGGCUUGUUAACUUCCUGCUCUUGGGAUUACACGACCAAAACCGUAUCCAAUACCGUCUAUUAUCUGUAUCUACUGGGUUUUGGGUUUAUCGUGCCCGUCGCCGUCAUCACCUACUGCUACACGUCCAUCGUGUCAGCUGUGUUCGCCCACGGUAGAGAGAUGGCCGGCGUCGACAUGACAUCAGGCCGUUCCGGUAACUCUGGAGUGGGAAAGAGCACAAGUUUAAACAACGCCCAUAGCACCAGUCUCAAGACUGCUGAGAUAAUCUUCAUCCUCAUCGCCUUCUUCUUCUUGUCCUGGACCCCCUACGCGGUCAUCACCUUCAUCGGUCAUUUCGGCCCCGAAGGAAUCCUCAACCCUUGGAUCACAGCCAUGCCGGCUUACUUCGCCAAGAUGUCGGUGAUAUACAACCCGAUAGUCUACGGGCUAUCCCAUCCCCAUUUCCAGUCGUCCGUCAAGCAGUACUUAUCCACCUGGAUGGCCAGCUCUUCGAACAACUCGAAAGACAACGAAGAACCGACGACCGGACGUAACGCGGCCGUCGCGCUCAAUCCAAUCAAACACGAUCAACAUUUCAGGUAAAUCCUCUCCAACCACAACGUCCAACGAUUUGAUUGGCCAGUCGUUAAUAGGGAGCCUAAUCCAACUGGGUCCGAGCCACCAUGAAUCGAGGUGUACGAGGUUGGAUGGCGAUUCACCCCGUGAGGCAACAUCUGCGGCGUUGUUUGCAGAUGCCACGUGAAACCAUGAAUAAUCAUUAGAUAGUUCUUGAAUAAUACUGAUGCGGUUUGCUACGAAGGUCUUCAUGCGAUGGAGCGGUAGACGGCUCCACGAUAACACUGUCAUUGAAUCCGAAAACAAGUAAAUCUUUCUUACGUUGAUUCUGUCAAAGAAGUUAGAUAGAAAUUUAAUUGUUCGAACCAGUAACAGAGCAGCGCAUAGC